UAUCAGAUUCUGGUCGUUAUGAAUAUCAAGUUGAAGGCGCACCGGAACCUAAACAUUUAGUUACACUUUAUGUUGAACCACGACAAGUCAAAGAAAAAAUUCUUCAUUUACCACAAACAACAUUUAAUAUUGGUGAAUCAAUUUUAAUGAAAAUUGAUUUUGAUGAAAAUGAUUAUAUUGCUGAAACACCAAAAUGGUAUAGAAAUGAAAUGCUCAUACCAAUUGGUAAUAAUACUCCAAGACAUAAACAAAUUACAGAUCUUACUAAUCGUACACAUACAUUCGAAAUAUUUAAUUUACAAGUUGAAGAUACUGGUGUUUAUGAAAUGCGUACAUCACAUUUAACUGUUAAAACACCUGAAAUUAAAAUUAUACCGAAACAAAAGGAAGAAGAAAUUAUUCCAGAACAAGUUAGUCGACAAUCAUCGAUUACAAUUGAUAUGAACAAACACAAAGAACAACCACUUGAAGCAAAACCAUUUGAAGAAUUUCUUCCAGUUGAAGAUAUUACACCUAUUCAUGAAGUAACUGAAGGUGAUAUGAUGCAUUUAACUGUUGAAAAACCUUCAACUGUACCAUUGUCAAAUAUAAAAAUUUUGAAAAAUAAUCAACCAUUAAGUCCAUCAAAUAAUAUUCAUAUUCAAGCAACAUCACCAACAUCUAUUGAUAUUAAAUUUUCACCUGUUGAAUUAAUUGAUCAAGGUUAUUAUUCUAUAAGUAUUCGUGAUCAAAUUCAACCAAUAAUGCAAUUAAAUGUACGUGAAAAACCUAUUCAACGACAAAUUAUGAAUUUACCACAAGAUACAUUUAUUGAAAGUGAAACAUUAACAAUUGAAUGUAAAUUUGAUGUUAAACCUGAUACACAAUUUGUUUGGACAAAAGAUGGUUCAAUAUUAUUAAAUGAUUCAAGAAUAAAUAUUAAACAAAAAAAUGAAACAUUUACUUUAAUUAUUAAAGAUUUAAAACCAUCUGAUCAAGGUGUUUAUUCACUUGAAAGUAAAUAUUUAAUAUUAGAUACACCAUUUAUAACUGUUUUACCUAAACCACAUCAACCAACUGUUGAAAUUGAACAUGAAGAAACUACAAUAACUAUUCAACCAAAUGUAUCAGUUACAGAUACAAAAGAUGAAACAGAAGAAGUAAUUAUCACACAACAACCAGCUAAACAAAUUCAAGCACCAACAGCAGUUAUUCAAAGUGAAGAUAAUCAAAUCGAUGAAACAGUAACAACAACAACAACAAUUGAAGGACAACAACAACCAACAUUUCAAGCAAAUUCAUCUGCUAUUCAACCAGAACAAACUACAGAAGAAAUUACUGUUCAAACUCAAGUAUCAGUUCCAACUGAACAACCUAUAGAAGUAAAAACAACAACAACAGCAGAAGAAAUUCAACCUGAAGCAACAGUAACUGUUAUUGAACAACCAAAACCUACAGUUGAAACUGUCGAGACAAAAGAAGAAGAAAAUAUUUCAAGUACAACUCAAGUUGAAGAACAACCUGCAUUGCAAUUUGCAACUGAUGCAUCAUCAACUCAACCAGAAACAAAGGAAGAAGUAAGUUUAGUUUUUUUUGUUUUGUCGUUUGUUAUUGUGUGCUGCGAAUACGAAAAAGAAACGUUUAUCUUUUGCGCGUAUUUAAAAAUAAUAUCUAAUCGAAGUACAACAUAUUUUUGUACUAUGGAAACAAGAAACAAUUAUGCAAUUUCGAUAAUUAAAUCGAUCGUAAACGAAAAUUCUCUAUAUUGGUUUUAUCUAGCUUUAUAAAUAUAUAUAUAUACGCAUGUAAAAAAAUAUCGAAUGAAAUACGUAUUUA